AUGUGGGGAGCAGCAGAUGCAGUUCUGCUGCUCGUCCUCCUCAUCAAGUACCAGCUGAAGUACGGCUUGAAGAACGUCUUGAUCUUCGUGCUGGUGGCCGGUGGCCUCAUCACCGCCUUCUACUGCUGGUUGCGAAAAGAGCCUCCAAACAAGACGACAGACCCUCGACUUACAAACGUCAAGACACGAAACGAGGAAGGCCCCGCCUACCUGGAUCGUGUGAGUCGUUUCAUCAGAGAGGAGAACACGAGCAACAGCAGAGCGGUUCUGGAGCUAUUAGAGGGAAGCCCUCUAUUCGGUGAGGGCUAUCGCCCGAAUGACAUCUGGAAGAAGAUUCGCCCGGGUCCGAUCAACACGGCCCAGCAGCUUGGAGUGACCCACAGCUUCCAUGUUAUCCUCGAGCAUCUGCAGAAGGGCCCGGAACUCCUGGAGAGACUUCUAAAGAAGGUGGGCGAAGAGGACAUGCAGAGCCUCCUGUUUCUGCAGGAUGCCUGCCGCUUGUCCAGGCAGAUCCCUCCUACGAAACGGCAGGAGCUAUACAACAAGAUGGCAGCUGCGGGUCUUUUCGACACGCUGGCCGUGUACUUUAAUGCCCCGGCAGAGCGCGAUGGGGAGCCGGAGGGGGGAGUGCGGAAACCCGCGGAGCAUCCGGCCCAGCACCAUGCGGUGGAGGCGCGCGUCGAUGUCUCCUCUGCUGAUUCCCGGCCUCUGAGAGAUGCAGUCCAUCCGGAGCACUUCUCGCACGUGGCCGUGCCGUUUAGCGCGAACAUGGUCGUGCCAGUACUUCUUUGUGUAUGUCUUCUUGUCUUGCACGAGCGACGUGUGGAGGCAGGAGCAAAGCCUUUGCUGGCAAGCCACAGCCGCAACAGUACGGUGCUCCUGCAGACGGCAUUUCUUGUAUUUUGGAUGGUUCCUUUUCUCAUCGACUCCAUGUUCAUGUCAUUGUCACUGGACUAUGCCUUAGCUAUGGGCGAGUCCGCAACUGCCAGUGGUGUUUUUCUCGGUGCAGCCGCCGCGGGUUCUACUGUCGGGAUCAUCAUAGGGCGGGGCUUCACCAGUGAGACAGACUGGAAUCAGAAAUACGCUCGAAAGAUUUUUGUCUACAUGUACGGACUCUCAUUGAUGGCCAUGCCGGUCAUCGCUAUAAGCAUCCAGACUUCUGUGGACUGGAGCUCUGGUGCCAAAAGGAAGAUGUUUUGGUUCGUGGUCGUGCUGAACUUCUGCACUACCUGUGUCGGCAGCAUUCCAGUAGUUGCCUGGAGCACCAUGUGGAACAUUGUCACACCACAGAACGAGAAGACUUUCUGGAUGAUGCUGACUCAAUCCGCACGGAAUGCAGGUUUCAUUCUGGGACCUCUCUACUUGGCAGGCGUCAGUCACGUCCUUCGAAAGGUCCGGGAUGUUCGUGCUGUAUCCCCAAUCAGCAUGAUGAGCUGGGCUUUCAUGGGCUCCUUUUUCAUCCAGCUUGUCGAGUUGGCAGCCUACUCGCUGAUCAUCCCCACCCACCUUCAACCAGCCGAUGGUGCAGAAGAGGUGGAAGCCUUGUGCGAAGAGGAGGCUUCAGGUGUAUAUCCCGAGCAGCUGCCGGCCGAAGCUCGCGAGCAGAUGAUGCGGGACGUGGUCUUCUACUUCUACGAACGGACCUUCUCAACAGGAGCCGUCGAGGUCGCCACGGUUAUGCUUCUAGAGCUUCAUUACGGAUGGUCUCCUGAGCUCAGUGGAAGCUCCUUUGUUGUGAUUGCUGCGGGAAGCUUGCUACUAACCGGAGUUUCGGCUUUCCUCCUUUCCAAAAGGUUCAUGACCGAGUCCUACAUAUUUGUGCUCACGAUGUGUUUGGGCUUCGCUGGUUCAAUCUUUCUCUUUGACUUUAAGCUCUUUGGUGCUGGCGCUUUGCUAGCUGCUGAUGCCUUUGUCUAUGGUGGAACGAGCGUUGCCACUGGCAUUGCUGAGGGUUGGGCGUGUCGUGCGGCAACUCCCGGAACGGCAUACAACAUCGAGACUUUUCGAGCGCAUAGUGUAGCUGGCGUGAAUGUCAGCCGAUUUCUUGCACCGAUCGUUGCACGAUUCCUUUUGGAAUUCGGGGGGCGGAACCUCUAUGCAGCCGUGCAGUCAUUCCUGUGCUUAGUGGCUGCGGUCACAGUACAUCGGAUUGUUUCCUCGGCGGCCGCAUCUCAGCAAGCUGCCAAAGGACAGAAGAGCUCCGACGAGAGUGCAGACUCCGGUGAAGCGAGCGGCGCCAUGCAUGAAUGA